UCAAAAUGAAUGUCAACUACUUCAAUUUUCUGUUCUCUCGAAUUGUCCAAGCGAUAGCGUUUUUUUGGCACGGAUCCAUCUUAGAAGAACGCAAGCUGAAUAUAGAUACUUACCCCUGUGCAGAAUCGAGUAAAUCUAGAUGGAAAAUCUCUAACCUUGGUACGCACCUUGGACGGACACUACACAUGGGAGAUCAAAUCAAUUGCUAAGAAUAAAAGCAUUUCCUAUCAAUCUGGCAGCUUCGCCAAAUCUUCCGUUGUAACCCACAUGAUUCACAUACUUAUUCACAGCGCGAGUGUCUGGCAUAUAGAGGAGACGAUAGAGUAAAUUUGUUUCACAUCACUUUUACGAGUAAGAACCAUCUCAGUGCGAUAUUAGUACCUACACUUUCAUCUCUUUCUGCCAAUUUGCCGACUCGUCCUUGUUGUCCUGCUGCGUGACGCCUCACAACCGAGGGCUAGCUGUCCUGUUUACGGAUGAGAUUUUCUGCAACAACAGAAAUCUGAUGGUGGUAUCCUCUGCCACGUAGCUACGUAAACAUAGAAUGUAGAUACAGCCUGCUAGGAACUGCACUGAUCAACAGUAAGAAUAUGGUCCCAGCGCCGCCUUCUUCUUGUUCCUGGAGCCAAGUACUUAUCCCACGUACUGUUCUGCGUACAUCCUAGCCGGACGAGCUGCUUUUAUCAGCGAAUAGGAAAGAAGCAGAACAACGAACGUCGCUGAGAAAGUUAAAGGCUACCUUCAACAUUUGAAAAUAAUGGCAAGCGAUAGUGACGUGUCAGAUAUUUCCCUGGUUUCGGCCGGAAAAGAGAAGGACCGCGGCGCAAAACCGUCUGGCAAAGACCACCGGCGAGAUCGGGAUCGAGACCGCGACAAUAGCAAAAGAGACAAGGAUCGGAAAGAGCAGCACCAUGACAAGAAGCGCGAUCGAGAGCGUGAGCGCGACCGGGACAGGACGGCAAAAAGGUCGAAGGACCGCGACAAAGACGAGCAUAGAAGUCGAAAAGACACAAAAGACCGCGACCGAGAUCGCACGAAAAAUAACCGUAGUCGCAGCCGGCCGCGAAAAUCGCGUGGCGAGCCGGAGGCAAACGGGGUGAAAGCUCCUUCGAAAAACGAGAAAGCAAGCAAGGAAAAAGACAGGGAUACGAAGACGAGUAGCGGUGACAAGACGCAUCAACCGCCGAAGACCAUCACAACGGCCAACGGCGGCGUGGUUCUGAAGCCAAACAGUUCAUCAAAAGACAACAAUAAGGACCAGCACGGCAACAAGGACAGCGCUGCUUCUGCGGUCAUCGCAAACGGUACGUCGAACAAGGAGCAGAUGAAUAAGGACCAUAGUAGCAAAGAUGGUGCAGCUCCGUCUGCUGGCGCUGCACCGGCGCCGCCUCCAGUAGAGCGGAAAGCGAGCGAGGAUCUGGCCAAGACCAAGUCGCAAACCUCUUCCUCCGGCCUGAACAAGGCAAUUUCCGGGACCAUAGUCGCCACCUCAGGCCCCGCGAAAACGGAAAAGGAACUGAAGCACAUUAAAAAGACGGAAAGUCUGCGGGUGGAGAAAGAAAAGAGUCUGAACAACCCCCGUGACAUCGACACCAGGCCGAAAAAACGAAGUCGGUCGCGCGGGAAAAAGAGCCGGGAGCGCCGCGAGAGGGACGAGGCCGCCAAGCGGCAGCGAGGACAGCACAAAGAGACCUCUAGAGACCGAGGAAAGGAGAAAUCACCCCGCGGCCGUGGCGGAGGACCAGAUAACCACCAUCGUAGCAAGGGCGGUAGUCCGCGAGGAAACGACAGACACCACAAGUCGUCGUACAACAAGUCACCGCGCGGAGGUGGCCCUUCACGAAACAACGACCGCGGUCGCGGCUAUCGUGGCGACAGUCGGGCUCGAGGGGGACGCCGCCAUAACAGCCGGUCGCGCCAGCGCGCGGGGAGCAAUUACAGCGACAACCACCAGCAUCACCUGAGCCGCAACAAGAGCGGCAAGGCGAAGCAGAACAGCAAGGACUUCGACGAGCCCUCUUCCGAUUUGGAUAUCAAGGACAUCGAAGAGGAGGAACACGUGGAGGAGGAGAAUGAGGAGGCGCGGUUGGAGAGGUUAAGAAAAGAGCGACUAGAAAAGCGGGCAGCGAUCAUGGCAAAACACGCCAGUACCAGCGGCGGCGACCAGAGCUCCGCGGAAAAGCAGGACACGAGGAAGGAAUUAAUGAUCGCACCACCCUCAGUAAACCUAUGCUGCUGGACGUCUUUUUUUCCUUUUUCAUCACUUUUGUGAUUAAAAACGUGAAGAUGAUCGCGAUGUAUAGAAGCUACAAUCUCGAAGAUGUACUGAAGAGCACCUACUUUCUUGAGGUCUUGGAUCAUGACAAUCAUGUUCAAUGAAAAAACUUUACCAGGUCGACCCUUUGACCGGAACUCCCUACGGCGCGAUGGCAUCCCCUAGCGCCCCGACGGAAGACGACGAGGACAGUAACGAACAGGAGAACCAACCCCACUUGAACGACGAGCUGAACCGGGAGUUGGGGGCCACUGGUAUGCAGGAACUCAACGAGUUCAUCCGUCUUUCGAAAAAAGAGGACGAGAAACAACAUGACUUAGAGGUGGAAGGAGGGCCGAAAAAGAACUCCCCAAAACAAUCAACUCACGAACAGGCCGCGGCGGACAAUAUGUUCGGCGAAAUCUUCGACGCCGGGGACACUGGCCACGCCAAGAAGCUGCAAAACCACGGGGCCGGGGCCGAGGACUGGAACAACGAAGAGGGCUACUACAUCCCCAAGAUGGGCGAGCUCAUCAUGGACCGGUACCAUGUCAUCAACGACCACGUGGGAAAGGGAGUGUUCUCCGGCGUCGCACGCUGCACCGACAAGGCGACCAAGCGGGAGGUCGCCGUCAAGUUCAUCCGUACUUUAUUUAUAAAAGGCUUUUGCUUGCAUAAAUAAUAAGUGAGAACUGCGCAGCACGUGGUCAUUGGCUAGUGUUUGAUGUUUCGUUGUUUGCACAGAGUAUGAAGAAGAAAACGAACAACAAACAGUAAUUUCAAAUUACCGAGCGAUGAAUUGAAAUGGGUUGAUUUCUCGAAAUACAGGCGACAACGCUAUGAUGGCAAAAGCGGCACAGAAGGAGAUUCUGAUUCUGAAACGGUUGAACAAAAAAGAUCCGGACAACCGCCGUUCUGUGAUCCGUCUCAUCGAGACCUUUGUCUACCGCGGCCAUACCUGCAUGGUGUUUGAAGCUAUGAUGUGCUCUCUGCGCGAGGGAAUCAAGGCCUUCAGCAAAAGAGGUACUUACUCAUUCAUCAUUUAUCAUGAUAAGAUAGAUGCUUCAUCUGCAAGCAUGAGUUCUCCCAAGUUAUCCCGCAAUAUAAUAAAUAUCAAAUUCUCGCAUUGAGCGGCUUUCAUAACAGCGAGGGUUUUUCUUGAAAUAGCGCUAGAAGAAAAAGGUGUGUAAACGCGUUCCCACCUUCACGCAUGAACACAAACAACAAACAGCAAUGGAAGGCACCGAGAUGAUCUACUUAUAUUCUAGCAGCUCAAAAAAUUAAUAUCGGGCCGCAAAAAAAAAGAAGUAUAAAUCAUUGAAUUCCACCACCUACAGAUCGCGGCGUAUCUCUGGGUCUGGCGCAACAGUGGACCAAGCAGUUCAUGGUGGGCUUACGGCACAUCCAUCGGAACGGCAUCAUUCAUGCCGAUAUCAAGCCGGAUAAUCUGCUGGUCAACGACCCGAACAAGCAAAUUCUGCUGAAGAUCUGCGAUCUCGGCUCCGCUUUGGACUCCCACGAGGUGGAGUCCAACGGCUAUCAAGUGUCCCGGUUCUACCGCGCACCGGAGGUUAUCAUCGAGGCCAACUGGGACGCUAAGAUCGACAUUUGGAGCGCGGCCUGCACGGUGUGGGAGUGCUUGACCUCCAAGAUCCUCUUCAAGGGUGACACAAAUAACGAUCAGCUCAAGGUGAUCAUGGACAUCAAGGGUAAAAUGAGCGGCAAAAUGAUCAAGAGCGGGCGGUGUUGGAAAAAAUACUUCGAUGAACCCGGGAUGGACUUUGUGUACUUGUUUAGUUUAUUUCUUGUUUGAAAUUCUUUUUUUUUUCUGAGAUGCGACUUUAUCACUCUGAAUCUUUCUGGGGGCAACGUCGUGUUCCCGCAUCCGCAAUCGAACGACGCAGAUGACCUUUUCAACAUGUGAAUAUAAUAUUCAUAUUUAUUCAAUAAAACAGCCACGUCUACAUGGACCGCAGCACUCUGCGGGACACUACGAAGAAGGUUUUGUCCUUCCCUACCAACACGGCUUCGGUGUUUACAGACCAGCUGACCGCGCACCUGGAUGCCAAAACCCGUAACAGCAGGGACCCGGCUGCCGUGAAGUACAUGCAGAUGAUGAAGAGUGCGGGCGACUUUAUGCACCAGCUUACCACGCUUGACCCGGCGAAGCGCCCGGAUGCUGACGAAGCGCUUAAGCAUCCGUUCUGCCAAACGUCGCUGUCUUCCAGCAGUAGACAUCACCACGGCGGCGGUGGCCAGCACCACCCAUCGGCUGGGCCGGGCGGCCAUCACCAUCGGCGGUAA